CAGCAACGAAACAACUUUCUUCACUUUUUCCAAAUCCGUUUGGUUGGCGAGAAAAUUCAAGGGAAAGGGAAAAAUUUUGAACUUCGCUGUGAAAAUUUCAUCUUCCGAAUCCCUAAAACGGUUCGAAAGUUUUCAGUUUCUCUUCUUAAAUUUUCUCAGCGUCCAAAAGGGAAUAAGGGGUUUUUAGAUUUUUGUUCGAAAACCCUAUUUUUCGCACUCCAGUAUUAGCUUUUCGUAUUUGGAUAGGUUAAAUAAUGCUUGAAAGUGGUGGAUAGACGGACUUACUAGUGAACUGAAGAAGCUUGAUGGAAUGAGAGCUUAAGUGGGGUCAAUGAAUCUGUUUUCCCUGGAACUUAAUCAGGCAAAAUAGUAGUUUUCAUGACUGAUAUCUCGCCUCUUGAUUCAAGCCUUCCAUGGCUUUGGAUCAUUGAAUAUCUGGCAAGCUUUGAGCAAGUUGAUACUGAUAUUUUACAUGAUUUGAUUGAAAGGGCUCCAGACUUGCCAGAUGAUCUAGGGAAAAACACAAGGGAAAGGGUUGCUCUGAGAUGUUUAGAGGUGUUAUUCAAUCCUAUUGAUAGACUUGCAAAUGAUGUUACUCCUGCUUCAAGAGUUUGUUUUGAUCUUUCACAAAGCUGUGAAGAUGUACUUCAAUGCAUACUUCAGGAGAAAUCAGUGUCAGAUUUGAAGAAUACCAGACCAGAGCUGUUGAGAUGGGAUCUUUACCCCUUUAUAAUGCACAAAAGAGCUACCUUGCCAAAAUGUGCUCUGGAGGAGCUGAAAGAUACAAUUCUCAGUCGUCGCCACCCAUAUGCUGCUGCGUUGAAGGAAAUUAGUGGAUUGGUGCAUAAUAAGACACCUGAUGGAAUUACUGUUUCUAAUGAUCAUCAUAAUGCACUUACGUUAAGGCUUUGUGAGGGUAGAAAUAAUGGCCAAACAGUGCCAGAAAAAAGUAAUGCAGUCCCUCCAAUACUUGAAAAUGGUAAUAGAAUGAGAAAUUUAUUACCCCUCAAAAGGGGCAGGAGUGAGUUGGCUACUAAAAACUUGGCAGGACUAAACAAUGGUAGUUUGCUUGGUCAUAAUAAUGAUCUUCAAUUAAAUGCAAAGAUGUUAAAGCAGGGCAACACUUGUACUAGUCCAUCUGUCGGUCAGAUUUCAAUUCCCCUAUUGGUGGGAGAUGCUUCUGAAAGGGUUAUUAGAGUUACUGAAGUAGAUUGUUCUGUCCUGCAUGAAGAGUCUUGUGUGGGUGAGCAUUGUAAUGAUGAUAAUCUAGGGAAUGUUCAUAAUGCCAGCAAGAUAUGUGAAAACAUUGUAGGAGAUGGAUCUGUCCAAUUUGUCACAGCAGAUGAAACCCAUAAUGGUGAACUGAGAUCACUUGCUGGUGCCCCACUGACAAGAACUCAGCAACAAUUUUCUGUCGAAGAAACCAGCAAUAGUGGCCAGAGUUCCAAACUGAGACAACCGAAUACUGUCUCUGCUGGUGAAAUGCAGCAGAGUAGUAAUCCCUGUGAAUCCAGUGCUGAUACUUGCCAUCCUUGUGAGGAUGAAAUGUUAAGUAACAAUGACGAAUUUCUUAGAGAGGGAAUGGAUAUUGCCAUGAAGAAGAUUCAUUUCUUGAGUUCCCAUUGCACCGCAAGUCAAGAUCCAUUGGGAACAGCUGGCUGGACAGAGCAAAAUCUUUGUGUCAAGUGUAACAAAGAUGGUCAGAUGUUGGUGUGCAGUACCACUGGUUGCCCUCUGGUGUUUCAUGAGAGUUGCUUGGGUUCUUGGGCCAGAUUUGAUGACAAGGGCAACUUCCACUGCCCUUUUUGUGCGUAUUCUCUUUCUAUUUCAGAGUACCUUGAAGCUAAGAAAAAAGAGUGCACAGCGAGGAAGGAACUAUCUGCACUUACUCAUAUGUUUGAGCAUUGUUCACCAGAACUUACUGGGGGACAUAGGAAGGAGAAAAGUUCAAGAUUAAAAGGAGCGGAUUUUCUUGUGAGGAUUCAGGAGAAUGGGCAUUUGAGAGAGAAAGAACAAAAUCCAACAAAUCAUAAUGGAGAAGAUGCAAAUCACCAAUUUCAAAGAAGUCUAGCUGAUAAACAUCAAUCAGUGCCCUCCAUGCCAUGUAGAGAUGUUAACACACCAUGUAUGGAAGUUGAGUCAAAUGCCAUUGGUGGGACAGCAUGCAUCUCAACUCUGGGAAAGGAAGGCAAAGAAAAGGUGGUAAAAGAGAGCCUAUCUGAGAGAGAGCCUGAAAGGCAAGGGGCCCAACCAUCAGACAUCCCUGAUUGCAAAAGUGGCAGUCCAUCCUGUAAAAACACUGAAACUGCCCCUGUAAAUCAGAGUGAAAGAAUACAAAAAGAAAUUUUACAACAACACGUAACUAAUCCCAACCAACAAACCAUCAUUCUUAAUUUUGAUGGAGAGGAUACUUCUGAUGCUGAAACUGAUAAGUUUAUUAUUUCUAGCUAUUCCAUAAGAGUCAGAAGUGAGGAAAGGAAGUAGUAAGUUUUCCAUGAUAUCAAUAAACUAUCUAUGAGAUUAACAACAUUUCUGCUGCUCCCUUGUGUGUUGUUACACUACUUACAUCCAUUUGGCAUCCUU